UCCGAUGCCCUCUUCGAGCUCGAAGGAGCAGCAGACGCUCUCCACGGCUCACCUCUCCUACUGCUUCGAUGUCCUCUCGUCGCAUCUCAACGGCGACCGGCUGGACUCGGCAGACUUUCCGGCCGCCCAUGAGUCCUUCCCGCUCUUUGUGACCUGGAACCUCUACAGCUCGUCAGCAGCGAUGGACAAACCAAACGGAUCCAAGAGGCUCCGAGGUUGCAUUGGCACCUUUGAGCCGCUGCCGCUCGAGGAGGGCCUGCGAGAGUAUUCCAUCACCAGCGCCGUGCGUGACCAUCGCUUCAAUCCCAUUACUCUGUCGGAGCUCCCUCGACUCGGUUGCGCUGUGUCGCUCUUGACAAACUUUGAAGAGUGCGACGACUACCUUGACUGGAACGUCGGCGAACACGGCAUCUACAUCCACCUGACUUUACCUCUGCCCAUCGACAGCACCGCCGCCAGCUCGUCUUCCUCUCGCAGUGGUGGCCGCUCCCGGACACUUACUGCGACGUACCUGCCUGACGUCAUUCCCGAGCAGGGCUGGUCCAAAGAUGAGGCCAUUGAGAGUGCUAUUCGAAAGGCAGGCUGGUCGGGCAAGAUCAACGACGAUGUCAAGAAGUCGCUUCGGGUCAGGAGGUACCGGAGCGAGAAGCUCGGCAUGACGUACAACGAGUGGAAGGAUGUGCAUUCGUCAAACCCUUGACCUCCUAUCUCUCUUUCUCGGUGCCGUGCACCAAGGCCGGAGUUUGACCGAAUGCCUAUCACGCGAGCAAAAUCGUAGACCGACGAGGACAACGGCGACCAGACGCACACUCUCACUGUAUAUAUAGAAACUCACAACAGCAUACGCCUCAGCUACAAACAGACGACCCCAGCAUCUCAAUACAAAUUCUCCAUUGCCUUGC